GAAUAAUAAUUUAUUACAUUUGGCAUGUGAGAAAAUAUGUUUCGUUGUUACGGGCAACAGUCACUGUUUUAACUUCAUUCUUGAUCAUUUCGCUUGUUGACAUUGUUCUAGUUAUCACACUUAGGCCAACAAUUUUAGAAUAAUUUAAAGUUCGAAAUGUCUCCACCUAAAAAGAAGGCAAAGGCUGCAGCUCAUUCAGCGCCACUGGACAGGAGGCCAUCUUCCAGGAAGUCUCAGGUUCUUCAGACUAAGACGCCGACCGUUUCACAGACUGCAGACUCAAACAUGACAGACAAUUUCAUGCCCUUUUCAGAAUUGUCAACUGAGCCAAUUUUUGAGGAAGAGAUGGUUGAGGAAGAAGAAAUCCGAUAUAAACCUGGAGAACUUUGCUUACUAAUACAGGGCUUAACGGCACUAUUUGACCUCGAAGAGAAAGACUGGACACCAAGAGUAUUCAGAAUUAUAGAGAAAUUUAUCAGAAAACAAGAAGCAAAAUUGCUCACAAUAUAUUUUGAUGAAAACACGCUGAGAGCUUCCCUCGGAUUCCCUCAGUGUCGUUAUUUAGACUUACAAUAUUUUUUCAAAACUCAAUCUGUUUAUGAACUUACUGGUGAAAACUUCAGAGAAAAUGUUGUUUGGGGAACGUUGGACUCUAACCCAGAACAGUGCAUGUACACCAUACUAGAAAGAGUUUACGCACCCCUGAUGUUCAACCUAAAGGGCUGGCCAAGAAACAUAAAGGACAAAUUGUGCAGUGAAGUGACAAAUUUUUUAUCAGACUUAGCCGAAUUACGUUACAACAUGUUAGGUCUUACCGGAUUGUACAUUCCGAUUGAAGCUUCCCAUUUACCACCGGAGGAAGCUGCUCAGGACACUGCUUUAGUAACAAGAAUGGAUUCUGUGGUGUUGAAAUGGAUAACACAAGUAAGGGCCACGAUAUACGACAUGAAUGAAGCAUCACCCAUGGAUGCGACUAUACCAAUUGAAGAGUACCAAUAUUGGAAACUGAGAUUGGAAAAUCUUUGUGGAUUAUGGAAACAAUUGAAAGAUCCACAUCUUGGUCACAUCUGCAGAAUUUUAAUUGCAGCACAGUCACCCUAUAUAAAACAAUUUUUGUACUUGAUUGCAGAAUUAAAAGAAGCGAUCAUAAAAGCUAGAAGUUGUGUCCAGUAUCUUCACCUUCUUGUUGCACCAUGCAGACAACUGGCAAGAGUGCAAGAGCCACAAGACAUAACGCCUCUUAUCCCAAAAAUAUUAUUCAUUAUUAGAUAUAUCUGGGUCAAUUCUGAAUAUUAUAAUACAAAUGAGCAACUUUUAUCUCAGUGCAUAGCUCUCAGCAACCAAAUUGUCACACUGUGUCAAAGCACAUUGGAUUUAAAAGUUGUUUUUGAAGGAAAACCCAAACAGGGAAUAGCAAUGUUUAAAAAUGCCAUCGAUUGUUGCACCAAUUAUAAAUUGUUGUACGAUAGAGCAAUUGAACUUCAUAAUAAAAACCACCCAAAACCUUGGAUUAUUGAUAAAGAAAAAGUUUUCAAUCAGGUUGAUACAAUUAUGCAAAGAUGUGUAGAUAUGGUGGAAAUUUGUCAAACUAUGACAAUUUUCGGAAGAAUUGAUGAAAGCUGUGAAGUGCCUAAGCCGCAGUUUGGCUGGACAAGAGCAUCCGAAUUUGAAACUAUUGUUGAUAAAAUAGAAAACCAGUACACAAUUCUUUUCCACGACAUCCAAAGAGUUCAGGACUCUCUUCUUCAGCUAAAUUCAAAUGAUUGGCCAACAUGCAUGGCAUUAUUCAGAGAAGGGAUGAGAGAAAUAGAAGUUAUAAUUGAAAAUUUAAUGGAGUGUGUAUUUGAAACAGUUCGUAAUGUUGAAGAAGGAUUAGAAGCUCUUCAGAUUUUAUAUCAAUAUUCAAAACGGCCAAAUUUGUAUGCUCUUUUUGAAAGGCAAACUACCUAUAUAUACAAAAUGUUUUUAAAAGAAGUAGUUGAAACAAAACAUGAAUGCAUAAAUGAAAAACGUUCUCAUUUAAGGGGUACCCCAAGAUAUGGUGGAAGGGCAAUGAUUGCUCACCAGAAAAGAAAAAGAUUGGGUGCCAUAUACAAACUUUUAGAAAGGGCUGAUUGGUUGCCAGAAAGUCCAAUAGAAGACGAAGUACGAGAAACGUUUUUCUCUCUUGAUGAAACUUUAAAAGGAACUGUUACUGCAUUAUUUGCUAAAUGGCUAUCCACACUACCACCAGAGUUUGAAACUCGUCUACAAAUCCCUCUUUUAUACAGUGAUUCAGGAUCUGUUAGUGUGAUCCAUUCAAAUGUAGACAGAUUGCUUUUGGAGACAGGGAAGGAAUAUCAAUACUGGCAAAACAUUGGAAAGGAAAUUCCACCAGAUGUUAGUAAAUUCAUGCUUAUUUACAAUGAUCUGGCAUUUUUAAACAAACAGAUAGAAUCGCUAUGUACAGAAAAUAACAAACUAUUUGCCUCAUUAUCCAACUGUGAGAAACUACUUUUUAAAGAGCAUUUGAAAAAUUUAGAGAAACAACUUUCAACAGGAUUCUCAGAUAAAACGACUUGGGCAAUGGAAUCAUCUUUUGGCUUUGUUAAUGAAUCUGCGACAUUUGUGUCAAAGCUUCAAGAGUUUAUUGAUGAAUUUAAAGCUAGCAAUUUGGAAAUUUUAAAUAUAUGCAAUCAAAUUGCAUGCACUAAUCUUGCUUCUUUUCCAAUGUCUGUUGAAUACGAUCUUGAAGAUUUUGUAUCCCAACUAAAGACUGAGCAUGAAAAAGCUAUUGCAAUACUCUCAGCAAAAUAUAAAGAAAUAUUUAGUUUCCUGCUUGUAGUGUAUGAUGGAUUUUCAUCGCAUUUAUCAAAAAUGAGAGCACAUUGGGUGAAAUACAUCGAGAGAAUAGAUGCUUUGAUUGAACUUUCAUUUAGAAUGUGCAUUCGAAGGUCUUUAGAAUAUGUUUACAGCCAUUUCAAAUCUGAACAAAAGAGUGGAAGGAGCUUCUUUAUAAGACUCUGUAUCAGUCUUAAAAAUCGCAAAAUUGUAUUUGCCCCUUCUGUCCUUUCGAUUGCAUUUGCCAUAAAGGAUGUCUUUUUAAUAUUUGUAACAGGUUUAGAAGUAUUUCCAAGGCUCUAUGAUCGGUUUUCAAUCAAACAAAAAGCUAAAAUUCCACCAUAUGCAGCCUCCAUAAUAAGAGACCAAGUGUGCCAGAGAUUGUACUCAGAAAUGGAAGAUGAAAUAUUCAGUGCAUACAUAGAUCUUCAGAAUUAUCUGGCUUCAUGGUUGGAAUAUAAAGGUGUUUGGGAAAUUGAUAAAGAUCACUUCAUAAUGAGAUAUGAAAGACGAAAUCCUUCUUGUGAAACUAUUUCAGCAGAUAUUAAUAAGUAUUUUAAUUUGGCUGAUGAAGUAAAUGAUAUUGAGCCGCUUAGUUUUGUCCAUUUCUUUUAUAUAAAUGCAUUUGAACUUAAGGAUAAACUGAUUAAGCACUGUGCAGUCUGGCACAAAAGACUGACUUAUUUACUUAUGAAACUGACAGCUAAGCAAAUAGAAGCAAUUUACAAAUACUGUACAGAGAAUGUGAAACAGCUUGUAAUCGAACCAACAAGUCUUGAUCAAUUGCCUAUAAGAAUGAUAUUGUACAGAACACUGAGAGCUGAUGUUUCAGAAAAAGAAAAACUGUUUCCCCUCAUUCAAGAACAGUUAAGCAUGCUGCUAUGGUUCAAGGAUGAUGUUCCCAUGAAAUUGCUUGAACGACAGUAUGGCCUUGCAUCUCUAUGGGCCAACUACUUACUUGUCUUAAAUAAAACACAUGAAAUGCUUGAUUCAGCACAGGAUAAAUUUAAAGGUGAAAUUAUUGAAAACGCUGCAGAUUUUAAAACUGAAAAUAGCAAUUUACUUGCCAAAUUUAUGGCCAAUGGACCAUUUACUGAUGAUUGGACAACUAAAAAUGCAUUUGCCUGUUUGAAAGAUUACAGGAAUGAGUAUAACAUUCAGAAAAAGCAAGAAGAAGAAGUCAAAAUGAAGUUGGGGUUGUUCAAUAUAGCAUUCACACCAUCCCCUUCAUUGCCAAUAUUGAAUAAUGAACUCAAUACCUUAAUGAAUAUUUGGACUUGUGUUGAUCAGUGGAAUAAAGCUUGGAACCACUUUAAACAAGAUUUGUUUUGGAGUAUUAACCCUACUGAAAUGGAUUUAACAGCAAAUACUUUGCUCAGGAAGUUUAAUGACUUUUUCAAAGAGCAUAAAGGAAAAGGAUGGACUAUAAUUGACAAUACAAAACAGAAAAUUGAAACAAUAAAAAAAGUUUUACCCUUAAUUAAUGAUCUGAAAAACCCAGCUUUACUUCCUAGGCACUGGAAUGAUAUCAAAGAAUUAAUAGGACGGGAUUUUGAUGAGACAGACGAAAACUUUACAUUAGAACUUGUAAUUGAACUAAAUAUGCAAAAUUUUGCAGAAGCAAUUAGCGAAAUAUCAAGUUCUGCAUCUAUGGAAGCUAAUAUUGGCAAUACAUUGAAAGGCAUAGAAAACGCCUGGAAAACAAUUGAACUUGACUUUCUGCCGUUCAAAGACAAAGGAAUCUACAGAUUGAGAGGCGUUGAUAAUGUCUUUGCAACACUUGAUGAACAUCAGACUGCUCUCAGUGGAAUGAAAGGGACAAGAUAUGUGAGACCAUACUUAGAGGAGGUAGAAUACUGGGAAAAAAAUUUGACACUUGUCCAAGAGGUUUUAGAGACAAUGCUCAUUGUUCAAAAAGAAUAUCUUUAUUUAGAAAACAUCUUCUCGGGAGAAGAUAUAAGAAAACAACUACCAAAAGAAUCUGACUUAUUUGAUAGAAUUACCUUUGACUGGAAAGGAAUAACUAAGCACAUGUACGAUGACAAAUAUGCUUUUAUGGCUACUCAUUAUCCAGGAUUACUUAAGAAAUUAUCGAAGCUUAUUAAUGGGUUAGAGCACAUACAAAGAGCUUUAGAAAAAUACUUGGAAACAAAACGUCAUGUCUUCCCAAGAUUUUAUUUCAUAUCAAAUGACGAUUUGUUGGAGAUCCUUGGAAACUCUAAGAAACCAGAACUUAUACAACCGCAUUUAAAAAAAUUGUUUGAUAACAUCGUUAAAGUUAGCAUGGAAAAACAUAAUAUUUACACUAGAAUGGAAGCUUCUGGGAUGUACUCAGCUGAGGGAGAGUACAUACCUUGGAAUAAAGUCUUGCAUUUGGAAGGCCCAGUUGAAAUUUGGCUGAACAACAUUGAAAGUAUCAUGCGCACGACUUUAAGAGAUCAAUUGAAAAUUGUAAGACAAGCCUUAAUGAAGAAUCUUGCAAAAAGAGAUAAAUGGUUAAAAGAGAACCCAGGGCAAUUAUGCAUUACUGCAUCUCAGAUACGUUGGACAAUUGACACAACUAGAGCUCUGAUGCAUUGCAAAAUAUUGUCAAAAACUCUUCCACUUAAAAGAGUGAAAAAGCGACAGAGUCAUAUACUGUCUAAGUUUUCUGAAGCCAUCAGAACAAAUUUACCUAAGGUACAACGUUUGAAGAUCGUUGCACUUGUUACCAUUGAGAUACAUGCAAGAGACGUUAUUGACAAACUAUAUAAAAAUGACUGCAUGGAUAUGACAUCAUUUGAAUGGCUUUCUCAACUGAGAUUUUAUUGGGAUAAAGAUGUAGAUGAUUGUAUUGUUAAGCAGACAAAUACACAUUUUGUGUAUGGCUAUGAAUAUUUGGGAAAUUCUGGAAGGCUUGUAAUUACACCCCUUACUGACCGUUGUUAUAUUACUUUGACCACUGCUUUGCAUUUAUAUCGUGGAGGAAGUCCUAAAGGCCCUGCUGGGACUGGAAAAACUGAAACUGUAAAAGAUUUAGGAAAAGCGCUGGCAUAUUAUGUAAUUGUUAUCAACUGCUCAGAAGGUCUCGACUUUAAAACUAUGGGAAAAAUGUUUUCUGGAUUUGCCCAAACAGGAGCUUGGGGUUGCUUUGAUGAGUUUAACAGGAUUAAUGUUGAAGUAUUGUCUGUUGUUGCUCAACAAAUAUGGUCAAUUUUGGUUGCCCUAUCAUAUAAGAAAAAACAUUUUUCAUUCGAAGGGGCUGUCAUAAAUUUAGUGUCCACCUGUGGUAUUUUUGUUACCAUGAAUCCUGGAUAUGCUGGGCGUACAGAACUCCCAGAUAAUUUGAAAUCGAUGUUUCGCCCCAUAUCUAUGAUGGUGCCAGAUAGUAUGUUGAUAGCUGAAAUUACUCUUUUUGGUGAAGGUUUUAAGGAUACGAGACAUUUGGCAAAAAAGGUUGAUACUCUUUUCAAUCUGACCAAACGGCAACUCAGUAAACAGGAUCACUAUGAUUUUGGUCUAAGAGGAAUGGUCACUUUGCUAAGGUAUGCAGGCAGGAAACGAAGAGAGUAUCCAGAGUUUCCUGAUGAAGAGAUUGUGUUAUUGGCAAUGAAAGACAUGAAUGUAGCUAAACUUACAUCUGACGAUCUACCACUUUUCACUGCUAUUACAAAUGACUUAUUUCCUUCAGUCCGUCUGCCAGUAAUAGAAUAUGAGCAACUUCAAGCAGCAAUUAAAGAGAUAUGUCAGGCACAAAACAAACAGAUGCCAGAUGUAUUUUUAAAUAAAAUCAUCCAACUUUAUGAAACAAAAGAAUCCCGGCAUUCCGUAAUGAUUGUUGGUGCAGCUGGUGCUGCAAAAUCAACAGUUUGGAAAACACUUAGGGACAGCAUGUGUUUACUUAAGAAGAAAAAUGUGCCUGGCUUUGAGAUGGCCAGGGAGUAUGUAAUCAACCCCAAAGCUCUCAGUCUUGCAGAAUUGUAUGGAGAAUUUAAUUUAGCAACAAAUGAAUGGGCAGAUGGUGUUUUGUCAAAUAUAAUGAGAGGAGUUUGUGCUGAGGAGACACCGGAUUUAAAGUGGGUACUAUUUGACGGCCCUGUUGAUGCAGUUUGGAUUGAAAAUAUGAACAGUGUGAUGGAUGAUAACAAAGUCUUGACACUUAUAAACAGUGAUCGAAUCACUAUGCCUCCACAAGUAUCAUUAUUGUUUGAAGUGGAAGACCUUGCAGUUGCAUCACCUGCAACUGUUUCAAGAUGUGGCAUGGUCUUCAAUGACAGUAAAGACUUUUCUUGGGAACCUUUUGUUGAAUCUUGGCUGCAAAACCAACCAAAUCAACAGUAUAGAAAUUUUAUGAAGAUGCAUUUUGACCGCUAUGUUAAUACUUUAAUAAAAUUUAAGAGAACUCAUUGUACAGAAACAGUACCCAUUCCUGAUAUUUGUUCAGUAGCGACUCUUUGUAAACUUUUAGAAAUACUUGCACCGCUCGACAAAUGCUGGGAUAAAACAAAGAAAGAUUAUGAAACUCUCAGAUAUGGGACCAAAGUCUGGUUUCUAUUCUGCUUGACUUGGUCUGUGGGUGCUACAGUCAAUGAAGCAGGUAGACAAAAAAUGGAUGUUUUCUUUAGAGAAAUGGAAGGAAUAUUUCCAAUAAAAGACACAAUAUAUGAAUACUUUGUGAAUCCAGAAUAUCGAUCCAUGCAAUUAUGGGAAGAUUUAUUACCAGAACAAUGGGAUUUAGAUCCAGAGGUACCAUUUUUCAAAAUAACAGUUCCAUGUGUUGAUACCAUUCGGUACAAUUAUUUGACUUCAGCGCUAUUGACUGCUGGCCAUCCAGUUUUGAUACUAGGGGUUGUUGGUACUGGCAAGACAUCCACUGCCUUAUCUGUCUUGGAUAACUUUGAUAGAAAAACUUAUUCCAUACUUACUAUUAAUCUUUCUGCUCAGUCUUCAUCAAACACUGUACAAGAAACAGUUGAGAGUAAAUUUGAAAAGCGCACAAAGACUAUACAUGUACCAAUUGGAGGUAAAUUGAUGAUUACUUUCAUGGAUGAUUUCAAUUUGCCAGCAAAAGAGGUAUUUGGUGCACAACCACCUCUAGAGCUAAUAAGACAAUGGUUAGACUAUGGAUUUUGGUACAAUCGUAAAACACAACUUGUUACAAUCAUCAAGGACAUGACCCUGAUGGCUGCUAUGGGACCUCCUGGUGGAGGAAGAAACUCUAUAAGUAAAAGAUUAAUUUCAAAAUUCUCCAUUGUUAAUAUGACUUUCCCCACUGAUGAAGAAAUUGAAAGAAUAUAUGGUACAAUGUUGGGAAGUCAUCUCCAACAUUUCCCCGAUAAAUCUAUUAUAGCAGCACGUGAAGACAUUACCCAUAUGACGAUAGCUCUGUUCAAGAAUGUUGUUAAAAAAAUGCUUCCUACACCAACUAAAAUUCAUUAUUUGUUUAAUUUGCGAGAUAUAUCAAAAGUUUUCCAAGGUUUGUUAAGAAGUAACAAAGAUGUACAACCUACUAAAGAAGAUAUCUUACGUCUAUGGGUUCAUGAAUCUUUUAGGGUUUUCUCAGACAGACUAGUAGAUGAAAUGGACAGAAAUUGGUUUUUAGAUGAAAUAAAUGUAGUAUUAGGACAAUAUUUUGAGACCUUAUUCCACCAUUUAUGCCAUGAUAAGGCUGUACCAAUAUUUUGCGAUUUUCUGAAUACUUAUGGAUAUUAUGAGAUGGUACACGAUGUAAACAAAUUAAAAGAAUUUCUAAUAAAUCAAGUUGAUGAGUAUAAUCAAACGCAAGGCUCAGUCAAACUGGAUAUGGUGUUUUAUAGAGAAGCUAUAGAAAAUAUAUGCAGUUUAUGUCGCAUUAUAUCUCAGCCAAGAGGACAUGCAUUACUAAUCGGAAUAGGAGGAGCUGGAAGAGCUACGUUUUGCAAAGUGGCUUCAUUCCUUUGCAAUUUUAACAACUUUAAAAUUGUACUAUCGAAAAAAUAUGGAGUUGGGGAAUUUAAAGAAGAUUUAAAAAGGCUCUAUUAUAUGACUGGUGUCAAAGAUAUUCCUACUGCAUUCACAUUUAAUGAUGGCCAGGUUUACGAUGAUUCUAUCUUGGUAAUUGUUAAUAACAUAUUAAGCACAGGUGAAGUUACUAAUUUGUACAAGCCUGAAGAACUUGAUGAAAUCAAAAUAACACUGGCAGAUGAAGCUAAGAGGCGUAAUAUUAUUCCUUCAUCAGAAGGAAUUUAUGAGUUGUUACUUGAUCAUGCCAAGACUAACCUCCAUCUGUUGAUUUGUAUGAGCCCAGUUGGAGAAAAAUUUAGGACUCGCUUGAGGCAGUUUCCGUCUUUUGUGAGCUGCACCACGAUAAUGUGGCUGUUUGAUUGGCCAAAAGUUGCAUUAUUGGAAGUCGCAUACCGCUCUCUUACAGGAAUAAACUUUUCUGAGACAAUUUCAGGGAUACAACCACAGACUGAAGUGCCAGAUCCUGGUGGAAAGCCAAAACCCACACAAGAACAACUUAGACAUUCUAUUUCUUCAGUUUUUGCUACUAUUCACAUGUCUGUGUUAGAUGUUUCAAGACAAAUGCUUUCUGAAAUGAAGAGGCAUAAUUAUGUUACACCAAACAAUUAUUUAGAAUUUGUAGCUGGUUAUAAAAAAAUGCUGUCACAAAAAAGGGAAGAUAUAUCAUUGCAAGCAAACAAGCUUAGAAAUGGCUUGUCUAAAUUAGAUGAUACUCGUGUCAAAGUUCAAGAGCUUGAGGUUGAACUAGAAGAGAAAAAUGAAAAAGUAAAUCAAACGAGCAAAGAAUGCGAUGACUAUCUAGUUAUGAUUUUAAGCCAAAAGAAAGAGGCUGAUGAAGCACAAAAAUCAGUAACAGCGCGUAGCAUAAAAAUAGCUGAAGAAGAGGUUCACUGUAAGCAGCUUGCUGAAGUUGCUUUGGCUGAUCUCAAUGAAGCAUUGCCUGCUUUAGAAGAAGCCAUGAAGGCUCUUGAUGCUUUAAAUAAAAGAGAUAUUGCUGAGGUGAGAUCUUAUGGCAAACCUCCUGCAAAAGUGGAAAUGGUACUGGAAGCAGUCAUGAUUCUUAAAGGUGCUGAACCCACUUGGACAGAAGCAAAAAGACAACUGGGAGAUGUCAAUUUUCUAAAUCAGCUCAGAGAUUUUGAUAAAGAUCACAUACCUGAAAAAGUUCUGAGAAAAAUCGGGACAUAUACAAAUAAUGAAGAAUUUGUCCCUGAGAAAGUUGGGCAAGUGUCAUUUGCUGCCGAAUCCCUUGCUAAAUGGGUAAAAGCCAUUGAGCAAUAUGGAAAAAUAUACAGAGUUGUGGCACCCAAAAAGGCAAAAUUGGAAGAUGCCACUGCUAAUCUUAAAGACAAACAAAAAAAUUUAGCUGAUGCAAGGGAAAAAAUGGAACAGCUAAAUGAACUUUUAGACAAACUGCAAAAUGAAUACCAAGAUAAAGUGAAUGAAAAAGAAGAUUUGAUUAAAGAGGCUGAAGAACUUAGAAAAAAACUAGAAAGAGCAGCAGGACUUGUUGACGGUCUUGCUGGUGAACGUGGUAGGUGGGAAUCAAGUGUAAUAACUUUGGAUAUAAAAUUUAAUUUCUUGCCUGGAGAUUGCUUACUCGCAACGGCUUUUGUCUCAUACAUGGGACCUUUCCUAUCUUUUUAUAGAGAAAAACUCUUGGAUUUAUGGAUUAAUGAGAUAAAUGAAGAAGAAUUGCCAUGUUCACCUGAUUUUAAACUUACAUCGUUCAUUGGAAACGAGCCUACAAUACAUCAGUGGAACAAACAAGGCUUGCCAUCAGAUAACUUUAGCUCUGAAAAUGGAUUAAUUAUCACGAGUUGUAAUAAGUGGCCUCUUGUCAUAGACCCACAGUCUCAAGCUUGGAAAUGGAUAAAAAAUAUGGAAGCACAGAAUGGAUUAAAAAUUGUCGACUUUGGAGCACCAAUGUAUUUAAAAAUUUUAGAAACUGCCAUGAAAUAUGGAUCACCUGUGUUGAUUCAAAAUGCACAAGAGUUCAUUGAUCCAAACGUUAUCCCCCAAAUGCACAAAAUAAUUGUACAGAAAGAGGAGCACUUUUUCUUUAAAGUUGGUGAUAAAUUAAUUGAUUACAACCACGAUUUCCGAUUGUUUAUCACCACAAAAUUGAACAAUCCACAUUAUCCUCCUGAGAUUUGUACUAAAACGACAGUAGUGAAUUUUGCGAUUAAAACAGAAGGUCUUCAAGCUCAGCUUCUCGGUAUAGUCGUUAGAAAGGAAAAGCCUAAACUUGAAGAAGAUAAGGAGGCAAUGGCUGCAGAAGUAGCUGCAGGACGAAGGAUGCUAAUUGAACUAGAAGAUGAAUUAUUGAGGUUGCUUAUGGAAGCAAAAGGCUCAAUAUUAGAUGAUGAUGAGCUGUAUGAAACAUUGGAAUCAUCAAAACAAACUUCAAUUAUGAUUAAUGAACAUUUGAAAACAUCUUUAACUACUGAAGCUGCAAUUGAUGCUGCAAGAAAUAAUUACAGUCCCUGUGCAAGAAGGGCAGCCUUGUUGUUUUUUAUCCUUAAGGAUUUAUCAUUAAUUGAUCCAAUGUACCAGUUUUCUUUGGAAGCAUACAAUAACAUGUUUGUAACAGCAAUAGAGAAAAGUAAACAUUCAGAGGAUAUAGUGGAGCGUAUUAAAUAUUUGAAUGAUUAUCAUACAUACUUCAUUUAUAAGAAUACAUGUCGUGGAUUAUUUGAAAGGCACAAAUUAAUGUUCUCCUUUUUAAUAUGUUCCAAAAUUUUGGACGAACAAGGAAAAUUGAAGAAAGAACACUUUAAAUUCCUUCUACAAGGAGGUGUAGUUCUCAAUCGUGAUGCUCAAAUAUCAAACCCCUGCGAUGGUGAUAAAUGUUUAAAUAUGUUGUUAAAACAAUUCAUUGCUAAUCUUUCAUUACUUUUAGAUUGGCUACCUAGCGAAAACUGGGAUAACAUAUCAGAAUUAGACAAAAUUAGUGGUUUUCAUGGAAUAGUUAAAUCGUUUGAACAGUAUUCAAGAGAUUGGAGAGUUUGGUUCUUUUCAGCUGAGCCAGAGAACAAAAAUUUAAUUGGUGAAUGGAAUGACACAAUUUCCGACUUCCAGAAACUUCUACUUGUCAGAAGUAUAAGAGCUGACAGGCUUUCAUUCAGCAUUAUAAAUUUUAUCCAGAUGACUUUGGGUCCACCUUAUGUCGAACCACCAGUGCUUGAUAUAAACCAAGUCCUAGAGGAUUCACACUCCAAGACUCCUUUGAUUUUUGUUUUGUCCCCUGGUGUUGAUCCUUCAAGCUCUUUAACAGCAUUGGCGGAAAAAUGUAAAAUGACAAAAAAAUUUCACACUCUUUCUCUCGGUCAAGGACAGGCCCCAGUAGCCACAAAAUUAAUUGAAGAAGGAAUCAGGCUAGGAUUUUGGGUGUUUUUAGCCAAUUGUCAUCUAUCACUUUCAUGGAUGCCUGCUUUGGAUAAAUUAGUUGAACAAUUACAAAACUCAGAUCCUCAUAAAGACUUUAGGCUAUGGCUUAGUUCAAGCCCGCAUCCAGAUUUCCCACUGUCAAUUUUGCAAUCAUCUUUAAAAAUGACAACAGAACCUCCAAAAGGUGUAAAAGCAAAUAUGAAAAGGCUGUACAAUCUUAUAACUGAUGCUCAGUUUAGUGCAUGUAAAAGCCAGUCAAAGUUUAAAAGACUUCUAUUUGCUCUUGUUUUCUUCCAUGCAAUCAUAUUAGAAAGAAAGAAAUUUGGACAGCUAGGCUGGAAUGUUAUUUACAGUUUUAAUGACUCUGACUUCGAGGUUUCACACAACCUUUUGGCUAUUUAUCUUGAUGAAUAUGAAGAAACUCCAUGGGAUGCAUUGAAAUACUUGAUCGCUGGAGUUUGUUACGGAGGACAUGUAACUGAUGAAUGGGAUAGACGGCUUCUUUUAACGUACAUCAACUCAUAUUUUAAUGAUGAUGUCAUUAAUGAAGACAGCUACAGGCUGUCUCCUGUGGCCCAUUACGUGAUCCCGUUGGAUACUACACUAGGGAAUUAUCGAGAAUUUGUUAACACUCUGCCUGCUCUUGAUAAACCAGAGUUGUUCGGUCAACACCCAAAUGCUGAUAUAACAUCUUUAAUAAUUGAAUCACGUUCAUUUUGUUCUACACUUAUGACACUUCAAGUACAAGAUUCUGCAGAGGAUUCAGCCAAAGAGGAAAGAGUCCUAGCAUUAGUUAAUGAUGUAUUAACAAAACUGCCUUCGUUCAUCAAUUAUGAAUUAACUUUCCAAAAUCUUGGACACAAUAAAUCAGCUUUGAGCAUAGUUCUACUGCAAGAGAUCCAGCGAUAUAAUAUAUUAUUAGAGGACAUUAAGAUUUCUCUUGACAAGCUUCAAAAAGCAAUUAAAGGAUUUAUAGUAAUGUCAAUGGAUUUAGAAGAGAUUUUUGUCUGUAUUUAUGAGGGAAGAGUACCUAGAAGUUGGCUAAAAGCAUAUCCAUCUUUAUUUCAACUCGGUGCUUGGUCUCGUGAUUUGACACUAAGAGUUGAACAUUUUGCCAAAUGGGCUUCAACGCUGCGACAGCCAGUACUAUUUUGGCUUUCUGCAUUUAUCCACCCUACCGGAUUUUUAACUGCCGUUCUACAAACAACUGCCAGAAAAGAGUCAAAGUCUGUUGACACCCUCACAUUCGAAUUUGUCCCUCAAAAGUCAUACGAGGAAGAAAUAUUGUUCCCUCCUGAAGAUGGUGUUUAUGUAAGAGGGAUGUUUUUGGAAGGAGGAAGUUGGAAUAAAAAAGACUGCUGUUUAAUAGAACCUGUUAUAAUGGAAUUAGUUUGUCCAUUACCAGUUAUAUUAUUUAAACCUUGUGAGCAAUUAAAAAGAAAACCUAAAGGACUUUAUGAAUGUCCAGUAUAUUACUAUCCAAUAAGAUCAGGUUCCCAGCACCAAGAAUCUUAUGUUGUUACAAUAGACCUUAAAUGUGGAUCUGAGCCAAGUGAAUUUUGGGUUAAACGAGGCACUGCAAGUCUUCUCAGUCUACAAUGAUUGAUUAUAAGGAUUUUUACAUCUUCCUAUGGCAUAAAGUACAUAAAAGGAAAUCACUUAGCCCUAGAAUUAGUCGAUAUUACCAAUGCAAGCUACUAAAGAUUGCAAGUUAUGGGCCUAAAAAGAUGGUAGUACAUAGAGACAGCUCAGAAAAUAGAUGUACAUUUAAUAAAAUAGAUUUUUUUUAGAA